CUCAGGGGCGGUGCCGCCGCCGCCGCGCUGUUCCUGCUUCCCGGGGAGCGCCCGGCUCCGGCAAGUCCCUCCUCCGGCUCGGCAGUGCGGGCCGCCUCCCUCCCUCCCCCGGCCGCAGCCUCCUCCGGCGGCAGCGGCGGUGCCCGCCGGCCCCAUGGCGGCGGAGCCGCAGCCCAAGGCGCUGACUCGCAAGCCCCUCCUGCUCAACAAAGUGGAGGGCUCGCAGGAGGUGGUGAACAUGGCAGCGAUAGUGCCCAAGGAGGACGGGGUCAUCAGCGUCUCCGAAGACAGAACAGUUCGUGUCUGGCUGAAGAGAGACAGUGGGCAAUACUGGCCCAGCAUAUACCAUGCAAUGCCAUCUCCAUGUUCAUGCAUGUCUUUUAACCCGGAAACCAGAAGGCUGUCCAUAGGUCUAGACAAUGGUACAAUCUCAGAAUUCAUUUUAUCAGAAGAUUACAACAAGAUGACACUAGUGAAAAGUUACCAGGCUCAUCAAAGCAGGGUGAUCAUGGUUCUGUUUGUGCUGGAGAUGGAGUGGGUGCUGAGCACGGGCCAGGACAAGCACUUCACGUGGCACUGUUCGGAGAGCGGCCAGCGGCUGGGGGGGUACCGCACCAGCGCCGGCGCCUGCGGCCUGCAAUUUGAUGUGGAAACCCGGCAUGUGUUUGUUGGUGACCAUUCUGGGCAAGUGACCAUCCUCAAACUAGAGCAAGAGUCCUGCAGCCUUGUUACCACAUUUAAGGGACACACAGGUGGUGUGACUGCUCUCUGCUGGGACCCAAUACAGCGAGUUUUAUUCUCAGGCAGUUCUGAUCAUUCCAUUAUAAUGUGGGAUAUUGGAGGAAGAAAAGGAACAGCCAUUGAGCUGCAAGGACAUAAUGAUAAAGUUCAGUCUCUCUCCUAUGCUCACCACACUCGGCAGCUCAUCUCCUGUGGUGCAGAUGGGGGAAUCGUCGUCUGGAACAUGGAUGUUGAGAGGCAGGAGACCCCAGAGUGGCUGGAUAGUGACUCCUGUCAAAAAUGUGACCAGCCCUUCUUCUGGAACUUCAAGCAAAUGUGGGACAGUAAGAAAAUAGGCCUCAGGCAGCACCACUGCCGGAAGUGCGGGAAAGCCGUGUGCGGGAAGUGCAGCUCCAAGCGCUCCUCCAUCCCGCUGAUGGGCUUCGAGUUCGAGGUCAGGGUCUGCGACAGCUGCCACGAGUCCAUCACCGAGGAGGAGCGGGCGCCCACAGCUACUUUCCAUGACAGCAAGCACAACAUUGUUCACGUGCACUUCGAUGCCACCAGGGGAUGGCUGCUGACCUCGGGGACAGACAAGGUUAUUAAGCUGUGGGAUAUGACACCAGUAGUGUCUUGAUGUUACAUCAGUGGAACUUGAAAGGUGAUAUUUACAGAAGAAACUGAUUUCCUAACCCUCAUUAUACUGCAGAAGAUAGAUAACACUGGGUGCAUACAGCAGAUGAGAAAGGAACUAAUGUGUUUACAACAACUUUAUGUCCUCUGCUUGAUCCAGGCUGAACAUUUGCACGAAGACUCUUUCCACUUCUCAAAAUAUACAAGAAGGUAUUUUUUUAACUAACGGUUUGUACGAUCUGACUUUGGUUGUUCUGAGUUUAUUUGGAAAAACCUGUGUGCAGUGCAAUUUUUAGUUUUUAUAUUUCACUGUGUCAAGAUACUUGCUGCUUUGUACAGAGAGUUCUUGGGUUGUGUCUUCCUCUGUGAGUUUUUGGUGUCAACAGACUGUGUAAGGCAAUCGGCUCUCCCUGCAGCCAGCCCCUGUUGGUUUGGGAUAUUUCUGCUGGCCAUGCUCUCGCCAGAGGAGGAAAUCCAGGCACAGUCUCUGGGUGCAUCACCAAGGAGCUGAUGGACUAUUGCAAUUCCUAAAAGGGCUCUACCAUCCACUUGUCCUAGUGGGCAUCAUCCAGAGUGCAUCUAUUGGUCUGUAUAAUCUUCCCGCCUCUUCCUUUGCUGCACAAGUCGCAGAACCAGGGGUCAGGUUAUUCAGCAACUGAUUUCUACACAAAACUGAAACAGUUUUCCAGCUCAGAGCAUUACAAGGAGCACACAGACUUGUUUGAGUUUGAUGAUGCUGACAGUCUGAUUCAAAUGAAAUUAUUGGCAACAGGAACUUUUGGGAGUGUGUGGAUGGAGGGGGGCAGAUCUAAAACUGGUCUAGGUCUGAAAAGUCUGGUUUAUCUCUACCUCUACCUUGCACAGCAACAUUUCAGCAUUUAUGUCUAUGUUGUUGAAAAUUGAUUUAGUUUUUCCUGUUUUCCAUAUGGUUAAUCAUAUUUAUUUUUUAAAACGAUGAUGGUUUUUAUUAAUUUCCUCUAUAGACCCAAAAGUGAUAUUGCUGAAUGAUGCCCAUUGUCCUGUUGUCAUACUUUACAGUUUCUCUUAAAAAUAAACAGUAUUUAAAAACAUGGAUUGACCAAAAUUACCUUUUUAGAAUGACAUUGUCAAGGUGAAUAAACUAAAAAAGCCCUUUUUUCCAAAGGGACCAUCUCUGAAAAGCCAACUCUCCAUUCCAUUAAUCCACGGAUUUUACUUUUUAGCAUGGCAUUACUCACACACUUCAAAUAAACUGGUGUUCAGAAUUGAACUGCAGACCAGACCAAAGGCUUUCCUGCAUCUUCUGUUUCAGCAGGCCUUGUGGCACAUUGAUGGUGCUCAGUCUUGUCCUGUUUUGGACUUACCUUCUUCCCUCUGUAGUGGGGACGCCAUGACAUUUGCCCCUUCAGAGCACAUUGCUACCUGGAGAAGCAUUGUGUUCUCUCCUGAGAGAAAAUGCCAGAAGAAAAUAAAGCUUCUCCUUUGUUUGCCCAGCAGCAAUUCACUUUUGAGGGGAAAAAAAUGGUUAACUCAAUCCAUGGCAUUAAUUCUGUCCAGUGAGCUGCUGCAGUAAAAGGUGAGGGUACUUCUGUGUGCACACCACAGGACUGCUAUGUAUUUUCUAGGAAAAAAUCUCUUUUUAAACAUCCUAUAACCUGUGAUGAAGCAUUUGCAGUCAGGUUCUGUGAAAUAACAUCACCUUCAGUUUCCUGAUCGUACAGCCUAUUGUUGGUUCCCCUCUAGACAGCAUAUUUUAAAGCCUAUUUUCAAACAUAAUUCAUACAUUAUUUUUCCAGCUUGAAAGUUGUUUUCUCAGUCCUCCCACUAUCUCUCCUGGAAACUAGAUGUUUGUUUCCUCUUGGAAUGCUUUUCAUUACACCUUGUGCAUGUUUUCUGAUGACUGAAGUGUUCUUGGCUGUCAAAGCUAUGCAAGAUGAGCAAGUGGCCUGUCAUAUUUCAUUCCAGCUGGAGAAUAUGUACAAAGCUUUGCUGGACUCUGGUGUUCCAUGUUCCCUUGGGCUCAGGGCCUUUUGGCCAAAGACCUGAGUUGUGCUGUGCAGGGAGUGCAUCUCACAGUGACAGAAACACAGAAGUGAAUUUAAAUUGCUGUUUAGUGCUCGGUUUCUGAGGAGACAGCAGUGGCACCAAGCUGGGACUCCAGCAUGGAUUGUGCUCACACUGAUGGAGUCAGCAAGCUGAGGAUCUGCCCUGAAUCAAUACCUACUCCUGAACAUGUAAUGUGCAAACAAAGGUGAAGAACUGAUUCCAAGGGAGACUACAUUUGAGAAUGACUUGUUUGGACUGUUCUGCAAUGAACUCGUGGCCACUCCCCCCUUGUCUUCCAAGGAGUCAUGGUUUCAGUGUUGCUUAUGUGUGGGUGUGGGAUAUGCAAAACUGUUUUGCAGAAUUUUCCUGUUCUUUCUGACUGAAUGACCUGCAGGGUUACCUGGAUUUAAGCUAAACAUCUCCUUAUCUUGCAGUCUCAGGACAAACUGCUCUGGGCUUAGAAAAUUAUAUAAACUGCAAGUGAAGCUGAGGCAGGAAGGAAAAUCUGCCCCUUUGCAAUGCCCUCAAGAGCUGGAAUGUAGAGAUAUUAAGGGAAAAUAGAUGUAUCUAAUUCAAUAAUUAUUUUACUUUCCACAAGAAACAAGAAGGAUUUGACACUGGGAGAGUUAAAAUGCCUGCCUUCUUCUUCUGCUGUGUUAAGAGUAGUAAUCUCAGUGUCUUCUGUCUGCUAGAUCCAUUUGAAAAGAGAUCUCUGAUGAUGCCUGGUCCUUUUUUUUUCUCCAUUUAACUUGCUGAAUAAGAAACCUGAGCUAUUUUUAUGAAUUGCAUUAUUGUAGGAAGGGAGGAGGGUGUGUUUUGAUACAGAUGUAAACUAUACAGUGCCAUAUACCUACACACAUCUCAAAUGAAGCCAAGCCCCUCUUCCCUAGGGCUGCUGAAGGGCAGUAGCUUUCAGUGAUACCUGGUGCUGUGACAAGGGGCACACAAACAUUGCUGGUUUCCCUCUGCUCUGCACAUCAGGAAAGGUGCUUUUACAUCUCCCCCCUAGCUGGUGCUUCCUUGUGGGAAGAGGCAUUGUUCUCCAGAGCAUCUGCCUGCUAUUCUCAGCUUUAAAAUGAGCAGAGUCUGCAGGGCUUAGGCAGGUGAUGGGGUCACAUACACAGUGCCUGAGCAGCUUGCUAGGGUCACUUGUGUCCCAGGUGGGGCAACCUGAGCAUCAAAUUUCAGUCUUUUUAAGCUGAAAAUAUUUAAGUGAUGGGAAAAGAAUAUAGACAUCAGCUUUAAUGUAGCAUUGAUGUUCCUCCCAUCAACCAGAAAACUUAACACCAUGGUUAGAUGUUGAAACUGUGGUGAUAGGGCUACAAGUCAGCCAGUGUGACAGGAUGAUCCUGAACAGUGACACAGGUGUGCUCAGCUGUGAGCACCCUUUUCUGCAGCUACUUUUUGCAGCCAAGCCCAGGUGACUCCCUGCUCUGUCCUCCAGAACUUGAGGCCAUCACCUGAAUGUCAGCAUGUAGGCUCUUAGUACCUCAGAAGUGGUUACUGCACUUUGCCUGAGAGGGUGCAUGAGUAUCAGUCCUGGGAAAGGGAGGGAGGGAUGUGUUCCCUCUGAGUGGGGGUUGGCUGCUGAUAAGAAGGUGGAUGGCUGGAUGUGCAAAAAGGAUGAUCCAAAACAGUUGUAAGGAAAAAAAAAUUGCCUUAUGCCUGCUGAGGAAAUAAUUGCUAGAAAGGAAUAUUCGACUUUUUUUAUUAUUAUUUUUUCCUGUAUCUGGUUCUGUGCUUCCCAGUACAAGAGAGAAAUGAAACUACUAAAUGGAGUCCAGCAAAGGGCCACUGAGAUUGUGAAAGGUACUGGAGCAUAUCUGGGAGACCUGGGACUGUUCAUCUUGGAGAAAAGAAGGCUCAGAGGGAUCUCAUCAGUGUGUAUAAAUGCCUGAAGGGAGGGUGCAGAGAGAAUGCAGUAGUGUCCAGUGACAGAACCAGAGGCAAUGGACACAAACUGAAGCACAGAUUUCCUCUGAACAUCAGGAAACAAUUUUUACUGUGAGGGUGACUGAGCAUGGGCACAGACUGGCCAGGCAGUUAGUUUGUGGGUUCUCCAUCCUUGCUUGAGCAGGACCAGAUAAUCUUUGAAGGUUCUCUCCCACCUCAGCCAUUCUGUGAUUCAAAGUCCACUUAAUGCCUGUUUCUACUCUAUUGUUUAGAGAAGGAAAAAAAAAAAAAAAAAGUAUCUUUCCUUAAAUCUAAACUGCUACCAAAAUAGUCACUAACAAAUUAGCAAAUAUUACCAUAUCUGUCCUUGCUGUUCCAAAUAGGAUUUGUGUAGCAAAAACCAAAGUUCUGUUUUGUAGCACAUAGGAAAUAGAGCUACAAUGUGUGGUUUUACAGGCCAUGUCCUUUCCAGGAGAUCACACUGAGCACAUGGGAUGUUUCCAGUUGGGACUUAGAAGACUUUUUUCUAUGUGUGGCAAUUGUAUGCAACAGUAACUACAAACUUGUUCCUUUUUUCAGAGUGCGCUGAUGUUCUGAGUCCCUUCUGUAAUGACCUUUUAUGUAAUGUUGAAGAAGACAGAGGUUUUUCCCUUCAAAAUUGCAUCUUGUGAAUGUUGGCAGGAAAUCUUUGCUCCUCAGAUGGAAAAAUGUAGUCCUGAACUUCUGGGAUUUGAGAUGAACUUUGUGUGAUCAAAUGUGACUUUUCAUUGCAUUUUCCCAGUUUGGGGAUUUUCCCUUGUGACCAGUCUUUGGCCAUCUCUGAAAUUUUGUUUGCUGCAGGACACAUUGUACUGAUCAGAAGAGAAAGAGAUUGAGUUCAAUUGAAACUGCUGCCAAGCAGGGACAUUGAACUCAAACCAAAAUGAAAACAAGACAGCAAAGUCUGUACAAAGAGGGGAUACCAAGAAAGAAUGGUAUCAGCAUACAAACAAAACCUAAAAAAACCAAGCCAAAACAAAAAGCACUUCCAGUAUAGAAAUGAGUAUUCAUCAGAACUGUAUAAAGCCAAACCAUCCCCCCAUGCCAGUACUGUAAGCUAGCCAGCAGCCAUGGUCCAGAUCCAGAAGCCACAAGGAACAUAGAGUUUUUCCAGUCUACGAAGAUUCGACUUCCAUUUCUUGUUCUUUGGUUCAAUUGCCAAAUAAUAUUUAUCUACCUCAAGUAGUUUUUUCAGAACUGUAUUAAAUGCAUAAGCACUUCAACACUGAAAGGACAGGGAAGAGACACAUCACUACUGAGAUGGUACAGAAGUGUCAGGCCUUAUGAAGAUAGUUUUGCCUCCGAUUAUUUGUUCUUUAGACAAUAAAUAAUCUGAAUUUAUUAAAGGGUUUAUCACCUUUAUACUUACAUUUUGUAACAGGUCAGGGCUUCCUUCCGAUGUGAAAGACCCACUGCUAACACCCCUAUUUUGUCCUGUCCCAAGGAGAUUCUUGGGAUUGCCAUGGCCAAGUAAUUAAGAAAUUUUCACAAAUAAACAAGUACACAAACUUCCUUGCUACAUCUUUGUCGUUAGCCCUAGUUUUAGCUGUGAUUUUGCUUUCCAAAGGCUGAACUUUGUCAGUUCUGACUGUUCAGUAAGUUAAGUUUGUCAUACUGACCAAUAUCUUGUGGAUUUUGCUGUCUUUUUAAUUAGAGGGACUUUAUAUGAAAAAAAAAAACGGAUCUUACUGGCUCCUGUUCAGGUCAGAGUUUUGCAGGAAUGCUGCUCAGCAAUUUGACCACCUUUUCUACCAACUACAUUGUAACAUUUUCAGGUACUGUUCCAUUAUGUAAAUAAGUAUUUCUGAUGUAGCUGAAUAAAUUGUGGUAUCUUAACCCCACUAAAUUAAUUUC